AUGAAUAGCUCAGCCGACCCCAAUGGAACAUUGCAUAGCAAUGGGAACUCCCAGAAGCUGCAACCCAUUGCACUCAUUGGAUAUGCUUGUCGACUGGCUGGUCAGGUUUCUUCCCCCGGCGACUUAUGGGAACUAUGCACCCGGGGUCGGAGUGGCUGGUCGCCCAUCCCCAAAGACCGGUUCUCCCCCGGAGCCUAUCACCACCCUAAUCCUUCCAAACCCGGGACUUUCAAUCCGGCCGGCGGUUACUUUCUAGACAAUGAGACGCUGUCUCGAUUUGACGCGCCUUUUUUCAAUGUUACCAUGCAAGAAGCCAUCUCCAUGGAUCCUCAGCAACGCCUUCUUUUGGAGUGUUCAUAUGAAGCUUUGGAGAGUGCAGGCAUUCCCAAAGAAUCCUUGGCAGGACGCAACGUGGGUGUCUUUUGUGGAGGGAACUUCGCCGACUAUGAACUUAGAAAUUUGCGCGAUAUCGAGACAUGCCCUCAAUUUCAGGCCACUGGAAAUGCCCCUUCGCUGCAAUCUAAUCGGAUUUCUUAUUUCUUUGAUUUACAGGGACCGAGUGUUACGAUUGAUACAGCGUGCUCUUCAUCUCUUGUCGCAUUGCAUUAUGCUGUCCAGAGUCUUCGAAGUGGCGAGUCAAAGGAGGCUCUUGUUGGGGGAUGUAGACUAAAUGUUCUCCCGGAUUAUUUCGUUUCCAUGUCCAUGUCACAAUUGUUCAAUGAGGAUGGUAGAACUUAUGCCUUUGAGGAAAGAGCCAAGUCAGGCUUUGCAAGAGGUGAAGGUGCCGGUGUGGUUCUUCUCAAGCCACUUGAUGCCGCUUUACGCGAUAAAGACCCCAUUCGCGCCAUAAUUGCUAAUACAGGUGUCAAUCAAGACGGAAGAACAAAAGGUAUCACUCUGCCAAAUGGCAAAGCACAAGAAAACCUGAUCCGUCAAGUAUACCGUGACGCUUACUUGAACCCGGAUGACUGUGGGUUUGCUGAGAUGCACGGUACCGGCACCAAGGCCGGAGAUCCUAUCGAGGCCGAGGCUGUCCAUGCAGCUCUAGGUCAAAACCGUAACAUGAGAAAUCCGCUCUAUAUCGGCUCUGCCAAGUCUAAUGUUGGUCAUCUUGAAGGUGCAAGUGGCAUGGUUUCCCUCAUCAAGGCUGCAAUGAUGCUGGACAGAGGACUCUUACUACCAAAUGCAGACUUCAAGAAGCCGAAUCCUAAUAUCCCCUUGAAUGAGUGGCAUAUGAAGGUUGUCACAUCUACAAGACCCUGGCCUCGGAGCAAAAAGUACAUCAGUGUCUCAAAUUACGGCUUUGGUGGAACCAAUGCUCAUGUCGUUCUCGAAAAGCCUCCUCCUCCAAGUGAGGCUAAAGAUGACCCGGAUAAUGACGUGGAUCCCAUUCACAAAUUGUUCCUGAUUUCUGCCAAUGACAAAGAGUCCCUCAAUACCCGUAUUAGAGAUUUUGGUAUCUACUUUGAACAGCGACCGGAGGUUUUUGAAAGGUCUUUGUUCGGCAAUUUUGCACAUACCUUGGGUAGCAAGUUGUCGCAUCUUACAUACCGAGUCGCUCUCUCAGCCACAUCGCUAGACGAACUGAGUAUUCGUCUAGCUCAACUGAAAGCAACCCCGACGCGUGUGCUGGGUGCACCGACUAUCUCAUUUGUCUUUACUGGACAGGGUGCUCAAUGGGCACAAAUGGGUCUUCCUCUCAUGGACGAGUAUAAUGUCUUUGCAGAGUCGAUGGAGCGAGCCGAUAAAUACUUGAGACACCUGGGUGCGGACUUUUCUCUGAUUGAAGUACUUCGCAAGGAUAGCACGAAUUCCGAGAUCAACUCGCCACAUCUCAGUCAGCCGGCUUGCACAGCUCUCCAAAUUGCCCUGACUGAUCUUCUCCGAUCAUGGGGCGUCAAACCAUCUUCUGUUAUAGGUCACAGCUCCGGCGAGAUUGGAGCUGCCUAUGCCGCGGGCAUCUACGACCUGGAAGCAGCCAUGGCACUGUCAUACCGACGUGGUCAAAUGACGCAACUACUGAAAGGAUCAUUUCCUCUACUCCAAGGCUCCAUGAUUGCUGUCGGUGCAAGUCCAGAGGCAAUUAGGCCUAUGCUAAAGACACUGAAGGGCUACGCUACCAUUGCCUGUGUCAAUAGUCCUUCUAGCGUGACCGUAUCCGGAGAUGCACCCGCUAUUGAUGAGCUGGAGAUUAUCCUACAGAGCACCCAACUCUUCAAUCGAAAGCUCAAAAUUGAUGUUGCUUAUCACUCCAACCAUAUGAAGAAUGUAGCCGAAGCCUACCUCUCUGCCAUUGAGUCUAUCAAACCUUCCAGUACAGCGACAGCUACCUUCUUUUCAUCAGUGACCGGCCAUAUCGCAGAGCCAUCUAAUCUAGGCGCAGCAUACUGGGUCCAGAACCUGACUUCUCCAGUGCUAUUUGCCAACGCUCUUAGCAAGAUGUGUGUUGAUGAAGAUAGCCGACCUAACUUGCUCAUGGAGAUUGGCCCGCACUCCGCUCUCAAGGGGCCAAUUCUAGACACCUUGAAGGUCCUCAGCUCUGUUGCCAGCAAGAUCGGAUAUGCACCCACUGUUGUUCGCAAUACAGACCCUGCCCAAUCUGUUCUAGAUGCAGCCGGCGCUGUCUUCGUACGAGGUGGGACUAUUGACAUCAACACUAUCAAUUUCCCGAUUAGUGGAGGAGCAACUCGGGCCUUCCUGCGUGACCUCCCUCGAUACCCCUGGCAGCAUAGCACCAAGUACUGGCAUGAAUCUCGCAUCCCUCAGAAGCAUUGCUCCCGAGACGGUGUGCGAAAUGAUCUUUUAGGAGCACAGGCAUUCUACUCAAAUGAUCUGGAGCCGACAUGGAGGAAUAUUAUUCGUCUUGAUGAUGUCCCUUGGUUGAGGGAACAUAAAAUGCAGGGCAUGGCAGUGUUUCCGCUGGCCGGAUAUGUGAGUAUUUGCCCUCGGCCAUCUUCGAUUAAUACUAACAUAGACCCAAGCUGUCAAUGGCUGUCGAAGCUGCGAAACGACGAGCAGAGCAAAACGACUCAGUAUUCUCAUACUUCGAUUUUCGAGAAGUUAGAACUGGCUCGGCUCUUGUACUGA